CUUGUUAACUGGUCACUCACCUUCACUAGCCUGCUUGCCGGUGGAUGACGCAUGAAAACGUGUUGAGGGUUUAUAAGAAGAAUGCCAGGCUUGUGGCAGGUCCUUGCGCUGGCUUUGUUUGCGCUCGUUUUUCCUCCGCUGGCGGUCCACAGCGCCAAAGAAUGCACACAAGCACUCAUCGACAUGUUGUUGGUAACGUCCUUACCUGAAAUGCCAGCGGGCCUUGACAAAAUCCUUUCCACGGACGCUCGCUGUGUGUGCGACGCUGGAGGUGGCGCUGGAGGGGGGUCUAAUACUAUAGCCUCGGGCUUCACAUACAUGGCCUUCCCCAGCUGGCACAGCUCGCUGUCGUUCAUGGCCAUGAACGCCAUGGCCACACAGCCGCCGUACGCGCCCACAAUGGCGCGGUUCACGGGCGGCGUGCGGGUGCUGCCGGGCGUGCCGGACCUGAUGACUGUGGAGCAACUGGCAGGCAACACCACCUACAUCGGCACCUCGGGCACCUACACCAUGUACAGGGCUGAAUUCGUUCCGCUGCCUCCCCGGGGAGGGCCCUCGCUGACACGUCUGCCGCCUCCUUGCCUUGUUGUCCUCCUGCAACCUUCCGACUCGCUGCUGCGUGUUUCCGGUGCCGUGUGUGCGGCUGCGCUGCCCUUGACUGCGCUUAAUGGCAUCACCGCGCUACUACACACGCCUCCCAGCAUGGAUUUCUCGGGCGUUCGCACGGAGACCAUGAACCUGCAGCAGCCGCAAUACGACCAGCCCGAAAACGCGCACCUGACCACCUCCAACACCUCCCUGCGUGGCGCCAUCCACCCACGCGCCUACCUCUUCCUCUUCUACCGCGCAGACUCGCUGCAGAAGCUGCGCAGCGCCUCCGGCCUCUUCGGAGGCGCCAGCAGCAGUAGCACCACCACCGCCACCAGCAGCAGCAGUAGCAGCAGUAGCAGCAGUAGCAGUAGCAGCGGUAGCGCCGGUGGAGCGGGUGCUGAAAUGACCCCCAACAGCGAGCCGCAGCCGCCGGCGGACUGGGAGGAGUUGAUAGAGCUGCUGGCGGCGCACCGUGCGGCGGUUGACAGGGCGCGGGAGACGCUGCGCGCGACGGUUGAGCGCGCGGGAGCCGUUCUGUCGUACAACAUCAGUAACACGGUGGCGGCGGCGGCGGCGGGACUGCCGGAGCACGGGCUGUGCCUGACGGCGCACACGCCAAGCUGCAGCCGGCUCGGGGACCUGCUGGCGGCGAUUGCGGCCAGUGUUGUGCAGACCCAGGGGACGGCACAGGGCUACUUUUGGGACCUGGCCGGCACGCAGCCGCCCGCCGCCGAGCCGCUCACUGCCACCGCCGGCUGGCGACACGCGGCGGCGCUACUGGCGGCGCUGCUGGAGUUCAACGCGCCCUCGGAAGGCACAGGCCCGAUCCUGGCCUACGGCGACCUGAUCGGGACGGCGGCGGCGCGCUGCCCUCCCGUGAGCCCGCUGUUCACGAACGGGUCUUGUUUGUUUACAGUGGAGUUCGAUGCGGUGUUUACGAGUUUGUCAAAGUAUGCGGCGUUGACGGCGCCGGGCGUGCUGCGCGUGGCGCCGCUGCCCGGCAGCCGCACCGCCAUGCUGCAGGCGUCCCCGGUGGCAGCGGCGGCUGUGGCGGUGGCGGCGAAUGGCAGUGGAAGUGGGAACAGCACUACGAAUAGCAGCAGCAGCAGAAGUAGCAGUAGCAGUGCUGGAGGUGGCGGAAGUAGCAGCGCCAACAGUAUAGGCAGUGGCGGCAGCAGCGGCAGCAGCAGCAGUUUGGGCGGCGCUGGCACGCUGGUGCAGUGCACGGCGCAGACGUGCCCGCUGGGCCUGCCGCACGACCUGCGCUACCUCAGCAGCAGCAGUGCCAGCGGGCCCAUCAACCGCGCCCCCUACUCGGCGCUACUGGACAUGCGGGCCGAGGUCAACAACGCGCAGACAGGGGCCUCAGUCAUGGACCUGUGGUCGCUGCUGUUCGCCAUCGGAGUCAACGUGUCGUUCAGCUAUCGAGACACGCGGCAAGAAGUCACCAACUCGGCGCGCGCGGCGCUGGGCUACAGCCGCCGCCCCGAUGGGCGCUGGGACGCCGACGUGUAUGCCCGUACGGAAUGGUGGCGGGCGGCGCCAACCGACUUCAACGCUACGGCGUACAUCGUGAUGGGGCACAGCCGGCAGGCCGCGAAUUCGUACACGCGCGCACUGUGGCACGCCAUCCACCACCCCAACCUGGCCAUGGAUGUCCCCUCGCCGCUGAUGCUGAACUGGUACCGCCACGCGCUGGAGUGGGGCGGCUGGCAGCUGCGCCCCGGAGCCAACGUCACCGUCGCAGCUGCGGUUGGCAACCUCUCUGCGACAAACAGCAGUGGCAGUGGCAGUAGCAGUAGCAGUAGCAGUAGCAGCAGCAGUGGCGGUGGGGGCAACGGGACGGCGGCUGAAGGCAGACGCCUGCGGCUGCUGCAGCAACAGCAAGCGGACAACGCUACGGCGAGCAGUGAUGAGGAGACGCCGCAGCAGCGGCGCGAGCGGCUGGCGGCAUUGGUCACAGGAGAAGUCACGCGCUUCUUCCGAUUGUCAGCCGCCGUACACGGCACCGAGCUCGUGCGGACAGUGUACGCCACCCACAUCGGCGGCGCCUAUGCGCCGCCAAAGGUGCUCGACAAGACCACGGCAACUGCCACGGACGGCGGCGGCGACGGCAACAAGACCAAGCUGCUGGUGACGGCGAUCGUGGUGCCGGUGGCGGGCACGGCGCUGCUGCUGGGUGUGGUGGUGGCGGCGGUGGUUGUGUACAUGCGCCGCCACAACCGUGACAUGCUGGGGCGAGUGCGGGCGCCGCGCGCCGGCCCUGACACGACGUUGUUGGUGUCAGACGUGCAGAACUCCACCAGCCUGUGGGAGUCGCUGCCCACCGAGGUGAUGGAGGAGGCCAUGGCCAAACACCACGCCGUGUUCAGAGGCCUGCUGUCCAAACACGGCGGCUACGAGACCGCCACAGAAGGAGACUCUUUCAUCCUAGCAUUCUGCACACCCACCAGCGCCCUUACCUUCGCAGCGGAUGUGCAGCUGGCGCUGCUGGCGGUGGAGUGGCCGCCCCAGCUGCUGGAGCACCCCGACGCCAGCGAGCUGCUGGUCGCGAUCGACCCCGCCGCCGCGGGCGGCGGCGGCGCCGCCGCCGCCGCGGCCGCCGCCGCACAGAAAAGCGCCGCGGCGGCGUCAGCGGCCGCCCACGCUAACUCCCAGUACGGCCCCGUCAGCCCCAACAGCGGCGGCGCCGCCCUGGUCGCCGGCAGCCCGUCUUCGCGCGGCACGGCGGCGGCGCUGAUGCUGGGCCUGACCACGCCCUCGCCCAGCGGCACCAGCCAGCUGCGUGCGGCGGCGGGCAUGGGCAGCCACCGCCUCAGCAGCCACCACGCCAACCCGCACCACUCGCCCGGCAGCUCGCCGCUGCCCUACCAGCGCCCCUUCUGGUCCAACGCAGGACAGGGCUCGCUGGUUGGACCGUCGCAGCCGCCGCCGGUGCUCCCCAGCAUGGGCUCCGGCGGCGGCGGCGGCGGCGGCUUUGCUGCCGGUGGCUUUGUCGGCUUUGGCGGUGGCGGUGGCGGCGGCGGUGGGGCUGGUGGGGCUGGUGGGGUUGGCGGUGGCGGUGCCAACGGCGCCAGCGCGCUGCACAGCAGCCGUUUGUCGGGCCGACUGCGAAUGUCCGCAGGCACGGGGCCCGGCUCCGUCCUCGGCAGCGGCGGCCCCGGCUCCCAUGGCCCCAGCUCUUACCAUGGGCCGGUUUCCUAUGUUGGCGGCGGCAGCAGCAGGCCGAGUAGCCGCCCCUGCUCACGCGCCAACAGCCAGUACGGCCGCGCCUCGCAAGGCGACGGCCUCGGGCCCCUGUACGGCUUCGUGGGCAGAGCGGUUGAGGCGGUUGAACUCGCGGGGCCGCCGGCAUCCGGCGGCGGCGGCGCCGGAGGCGGCGCCAGUAGGCCGGGGCAGCGUGUUCACAGUGGCGGCGUGGGCGGGGUGUCCACCGGCCGGCUUCGCAGUGGCCUGCUGACGGCUGCAUAUGCGCACCAGCAGUCUGCUGACCGGCGGCUGCAGCAGCGGGCAUCAAGCAGCAACCUGCCCUGGUGCGCGGUGUCGGUGGGCGAGGGCCUGCCGCUGCGAGGCGUGGCGGGCACACAGGAGACCGACUUUCUGGAUGGAGCCGCCACCGGCGGUGGCCUGGCGUCGCCGCCCGUCGGCGUGUCGACGCCGCUCAGCGCGGCGGCGGUUCCUGCGGUGGAGAGCGCCCUGGUAGCGGCGGCGACGUAUGCGAGUGACGGCAGCGACCGCGCCUUUGUCAGCACGGGCGGAAGCAUGCACGGCCCCGGCCCCGGCGCCGGCGCCGGCCCAGUGGCGGAGUCGUUGGAGGAUGACCCCAGCAAGCACGUUCAGGAGCCUCAAGCCUUACAAGUCGUUUCCAGCACGGCGGCCGCCGCUGCUGCGGCAAACGGCAGGGACAAGGACGCAAGCACCUUUGCCGCCUUUACGCCCCCGGGCGCGGCCUCCAUCACGGGGGCCAGCGACUUCGGAGCGCCAGCGCGGCAAGCCAUGGAUGCGCUGAUGCGCGGCCGCUUCAACAACCUGUACGAGCCCACCGGCAGCGCCUUCAGCGUGCGGCUCAGUCGUGAGCAGACGCAGGAAUUGGGCGACUACGACGUGGCCACCAACUGGCGGGAGUCGCUGGCGGCGCUCUUCCCCGCGCUGCUGCCCAGCGGCCUCGGGCUGUUUGGGAGCCCGCCGGCAGAGGGCGCCGUCGCGCCCGUACUCAAGCGCAAUAGCAUGGAGGUCAGCCACAAGCGCCUGCCCAUUCUGGGCUUGCCGGUAUCGAUGAAUCAAAACGGCGGUAAGCCGCAGACGCAAGUCUGCUGGCGCGGCCUGCGGGUGCGUAUGGGCCUGCACAGCGGUUUGGACAGUGAUGACUUCAUCAUAUUCAACAAGGUGUCUAUGUGCCAUAAGUACUACGGCCCUUUCGCGGACGCGGCAAACGCAACCAAUGAUACCGUGCCCGGCGGCCUAAUUGCGCUGUCGGCUGCCACCUUCGACCGACUGAAGAACGCGCACUGGGGCGGCAGCAGCAGCGCGGCCAGCCGCAUUGUCAAGAGCGCGCCCGACACGCUCGCAGCGGGGGUCGUCAUCAUCUACGCCGGGCACCACCAGCUGAAAGACACGCCGCCGCCGGCGCCGGCGCCGCUGGCCGCGCCGUCGCCGCAGGCGCUGCAGUCGGGCGGCCCAUUCAGAUCCGCGUCGGCCCUGAAGCUGCUCGCGGCGAUCACAGGAGGCGCGGCAGGCGGCAACGCCGCUGCGGCAGGCGCUGCCGGUGCCCUGCCCUCGCGUGAGCCUUCCACGGUACACGUCAGCCUCUCCACGGCAACCUCGCUGCAGCCCCGCAGCUCCGCCGUCACCGCCAACGGUGCCGGCGCCGCCAACGGCGCCGCUGGCGUCAGUGGCGGCCCCGUGCCGCCGUCAGGCAAGAGCAGCACCGCCAACGGCGGCGGCGGCGGCGCCGCGGCUGCUGCUGCUGCUGCCGCGACGGCGGUGGUGAUGUUGGCGGCGGCGGACGGCACUCCUCUUUACGUGGCGGUGCCGCGGGCGCUCAUGUGUCGGCUGGCGCACGCGCCGCCUCUGCGCACGUGCAGGGUGCUGCAGCAGGGCAACUGGGCGGCGCCGGUGGGGCUGGUGUGCAUCGGCUUCAUGAAGGUGGUGGGCGUGACCGGCCUGCUCUCGGAGCUGCCUGGCCCCGCUGCCCGCGCGCUGGCGGCCUUCCAGUCGCUGGUGUGCGCGCGCCUGGGCGCGGCGGGCGGCUACCUGCUGGAGGGCGGCGACGGCUUGGCGCUGGUGGCGUUCGGCAACGCGGGCUGCGCAGUGGGCUGGGCGCUGGACUGCGUGGAGGCGCUCAAGGCAAUGGACUGGGAGGACGAGUUGAUGUCGCACGAGCUGUGUGAGGAGGUGUACACCUACUUCGACAAGCCGCGGGCGGGAGCCGGUGGCCUGGGCGGUGGCGGCGGCGGCGGCGGAGCCGGCGCGCACGGCGGGGCCCGCGCCGCCGGCAACAGCCAGGACGGCGGCCCCUCCGCCACCUUUGCGCUUUCCUCCACGGCUGUGGAGGUGUCCAUCAACGCCGCCGCCACCAUCGCGGCGGCGGCGGCGACGAACGCGACCGAGCCCCGCACCGCGUCCAGCAUGCGCAAGGUGCACGCCGACGCCAUGCGGGCCAACCGCAAGCUGCUGUACCGCGGCCUCCGCGUCAAGGUGGGCAUGGACAUCGGGCACGCCGUACACGCCCUGGGCGCCACCAGCGCGCGCAUCGAGUACCGCGGCAGGGUCAUGAACCGCGCCGCGCGCAUCGCGGGCUUCGCAUCCGCAGGCCAGGUGUGCGUGAGCGCGGGCCUGUGGCAGGCGGCGGAGGCCAGCGGCGCGCUGCUGGACCUGGAGCGGCCGGUGGUGGGGUUGAGCAUGGGGCUGGUGCCGCUCAAGGGCGUGGCCAGCGGCCUGGAGGUGCUCAGCUGCGUGCGGGAGUAGCGGCUGCAGGAGGCGGCUGCAGGAGGCGGCCCGGGGGGCGGCGGGGCGCAGCUGCAGCAGCUGCAGCAGGUGGCGGCUGCAGAGGCAGCUGCAGGAGGCAGCAGCUGGGAGCAGCUGGAGUGGAAGGAAUGGGAACCAACAAGUGCGGGUUGUGGCAACGCAGGGUGGCAUGCAGAGGACCGCAUUCUUGAGGUGGCAGGUUGCUUGCAUGUGGACACGGUUGUGUGUGUGGGGGGGGGGGCGGGGUAGUGCUAGAUGGCUACUACCAACUCUGAGGAGAAGCAUUCAGGCAUUAUAUCGUUACCCCAGUCAGCUCCCGCGUAACUGGGUUUCAGCUCCAAGCUGGAGGAGGGAUGCAGCGGUGGCUGCGAGGCGUACUGCUGAAAUCAAGAAACGCAUGACGCUCAUUUAUGCAUGAGUUGGGGACGGGUGCGCUCUCAUUGCGCUGCUGAGACAUUAUUCCUAUAAAACUGACAUACACGUUCACUUUGAGAAUGGUUCCGAUAUGUGCAGGUUAUAAAACCAUGAGCCGACUUUCAGACAACGCAUGCAUGUCCACUCAUUAAUCGGCCAUUGUGGGAGGGUUCGGCGGAAGGCAUUAUUGCGUGCGGGGAGUCGAAGCGCCAUCAGGGCCUGGAGUAUGUGUUCAUCACUGUGCCGCUUUGAUCUUUAUAUAUGGGCGUAAUGGCAGGAAAGCGCUGAAGCGUUCAGCACGUGUCGUGUGGAGUCGUGCGGGCAGCCCACAAACUACUUUGCAUGGUGUUUGUAUGUGCGGCCGCCUGCUUAGGUUGUGUGCGUGAAUGCUGCCAUUGAAGAGACGGCAGCAAUGCAGGUGGUGCUCAGUUGAAGUCCGACUCAUACCUUUUAUUUGCAAGGCAUUGUCAGGCUGUGUCCUCCGCGUGCACUGCACACCCCAUUCACGUUCGUGUGUGUGCACGGCGGGUGGGCGAUGCACCUGCUUUAUAUCAAUCAGUUUAUUAUUACACUAGCGUACAUGACAUUAGGUUGUUAUCAUAUCUCUGUUGUACAAGUGGGUCGCGGCGUAUAACUUGGGGCACCGCUGGCCGUUGCCGGUGCAUAGGCAGGAGCAUGGGGUGCUCCAAGACGUGCAUGGCUGGUGUGCCGUUGUGGCUUUCAGGCUUCAGGGUGCUCAAGCGGACAUUGCAUGAUACGGUAAUAUCGCAGGGCGCAGCCCUGGCGCAUUAUCCACUACCCACAAAGCAGUGCCGGGUCCUGCCCCAUGCUGUGCGUGUUGUUUUGUGAUGGUGUGUGUUAUGCUGCAAGGCAUGAAAUGGCAGCGCAAGGGGCGUUGCGUUGAUGAAGUCUAAAUGCGGUGGCUCCCCAAUGCCCGUGUGCUCAGGCGCUUAGCAACGCAGGAGCGCGGUGGCGGCAGAGUUCUGUUCUGUGUUCAGGCGCCUGUCAGCGUAGCCUUGCUCAUGGGCUUGCAUGUGUGUUGCUGUUGCGUUGUGCUCAGGCUCUGAGCGCCCAGCCACGUGAACACGCGAUGCCACCAGGCACCACAGGGGCGCUGUAGCGGGCAGGAUGUGGAGACGUGGUGCACGUACAGGCAAAAGACUGGGGGCAACAGUUGAGUACCGGGACCGUAAGCAAAGGAUGCGGGCCCGGCAAGGUUGGUGUUGGUGGACUGGUCGCGGCCCAAGAGCUGGGACUUCGUUGUGCCGAUGUCCGAGGCAUGCAGGCGUUUCGCCACACACAAGUGACCACGGCACACUCCUGCCUUCACCAAACCUAAGGUCCUUCUUGCAACUAUGGAUUCUGGCGUAUUCUGGAGCCCAAGACUGACCGCGUGAAACCAUACUGGAGUCCAAAGGCCGCUCGCAUGUCAAUGCGUGGGAGACUGGGAGCCGAGGGCGGGCUGGCAACCGUUCCUGUCGCCUUUCCCAGACAUUCGACGACAUGGCUCUAUUAAAAUAGA